GAGAGAGAGAGAGAGAGAGAAGAACCACGGUCGUCUUUUUCCUCUAACAUUGAUCUGAUUAAACACAUUAUCGUUUUCAGCCUAUGGUUCAGAAAUAGCUGCAGCCCUCUGGCAAAGACGACAGACUGAAAAUGAAUUGUGCAAGAGUCCUCCAUGCCUUUGGGAGUCACCGCCAGCCGGCCGUGAUGCCUGUUGACCUGGCCGCUUGCCUGAGCCUCAGCCAGCGUCAACCUCUCUACCAGCUGCUGUCCAUGUCUCCUCUGAAGCCCACACCGCAGCAACAUCAGCCGACCAGCCUUCAAACUCCGCACUCCUCCUCCUCUUCCUCCAGCUCCUUGUCCCCACCGCUGCCCUCGUCCCCUGUGACCUCAGAGCCCCGGAGUUGCUUCCGUAGGGAUGUUGGAUGGGGAAGUCCAAGCAAGAAGCGAGUUGUUUUCGCUGACACCAAGGGAUUGGCUCUCACCGCUGUGCGGCUGUUUAUCCCCGAGCCCUCUGACUGGCCUACUACGCUGACGAUGAGACCCUCCCUCACCAGACUGCAAAGCCAACAGUCAACCUCAGACAAACUCCAGCGCCAAAGGUUGCGCCUAGGUUUCCCCCAGCCAACGCUCGCCUCUCAAGCCUCCCUUGCACGCCAGCGAGUCGAGUGGGUGCAGUUGCAGAGCUGCAGCAUUUCGGAGCACUCCUUGAGCGGCAAAGUGCGGGUCAACCAUGUCAGCGUGGACAAGGCCGUGCAUGUGAGGGUGACCUUCGACUCCUGGCGGAGCCAUCAUGAGAUUCCCUGCACGUUCCUGCAGCAGCAGCGCUUUGGGGGCUCUGAAGUGGACCUUUUCGCCUUUGACUUAAGCUUACCAAAGAACAUCGAUCCGACGGAGCGAGUUGAGUUCUACGUGUCCUUCAGGCCUGGACACGGCGCAACGACACACUGGGACGACAACAGGGGGCAGAAUUACAGGGUGUACGUGGAAACAGGGGGAUCAAAUGGUCACCAAGGCGAUGCUUACCGUUAUUACCCCACACUUUCACAACGUCGGACACCGUUGAAGCCUUUGCAGGUGUCCCCCAGCAUGCAAAACUCCGAUUCGCAACACCUUCAGAGGAGUUUAUCAAGCCGAGUCAGAGCAGAGUGAUCACCCAAGUGAAACUCAACCCUCUUAACAGAACUGUGAGAACAAUAAUGUGACUAUGUUAAUUUACAAAUAUUUAAGAAAGAGUAAGGGCUUUUAAGGAUGUGUUGGCUUUCUGAAGACUCCAGUGUUGGAUGGUCUGAAGCUUUACC